AGCAUCAGUCAUCUGUCGCCAUGAUCUCUUACGUCGGUCUUGUUGUACUAGUCUGCGCGGUCGCUAUCAACGCUGAUCCCCACUGCAAUAUUGCAACAAAAGGUGAUAUCAUAGGUAGUGUCUUUUAUAACUUGGAUCCAGCUUACUUGCAGCCUGGUAUUCGUGACUAUAAAGUAGACAUUCCGCAUAUUCCUCAAUGUAUAAACGGAGAAGCUGGUGUAAAAGCAAUAAUCUGCGAUGAAGAUGUCGCACCCAAUGGUUAUUUUCCAGACUUUUACUCAUUAAUAGUUAAUCGUCUUGGUAAUAUGCAAAAUGUUGGUACUGUUUUAGUAACAGUGUACUGUAAUUAGACCUUUGAAGUGUAAUUAUCAAUGACAAUCUCACUAUUCUUCUAUUUUACUAUGCAAAGACGAUUCGCAAUCAACAGCUGAUGUUUGUGCUAAAUUGAUUUGUUAAUCACCUAAACACUAUUAAUAACUCCUACGAAUCGUCGAUUUCUUUAAAAUAUAUUUUGUUUUAAUAUGUAUUGUUAUUUUUUUUGAAAUAUAUAUUUCUGUAACUGUAUUUUC